UGGUCAGACUAAAGACUGCUGAGAAUUUAAAUAAGCACCUUUAACGGCUCAAACAAUUUUGUUUUGUUUUCACACCUCUGAGGGCACCUCUCCUGUACUUGCCAUGGCUGAGUCUGCACUAAACAAUGGUAAUGGCCCUGCACUGAGGCCAACAACAGAAAGACAUGGAACAGAACCUCCAAAUGUUACCAUUGAUCAGAUUUUGGACAAUCUGAAUGCAUAUUUGGGCAAACGGCUGGGACUGAGGAAGUGCCAUGAUGACAUGUGCCAGAAGUAUGGCAUCAAGCACUCAGAGAGUGGAAUAUGGGCCUUGCCGGACAUUAAAAGGGCUUAUGGAAAGAUGCAGCGCUUAAGGACAAACACCAACAGAGAUGGCUUGUCUGUGAUUUUGAUAAAACAAAUUCUACAGCAUCGACAGAAAUGUGAGACUGACAAAUCACAGCGCGAGUACAAAGCAGAGAAAGCAAAAGUUCGAGCACUUGCUGAACAACUGCAAAAUGAAAAGAAGGAAAAAGAAAGACUCUUGAAUGAUAACAACAAGCUGUUAAAGUUGCUUUCUGCAAAACCAAAUCCCAUAAAAUCUAAAAGUGACAGCAGCUCGACUGAGAGCCCUGAUGACAGUGAUGUUGAACCUGAGACACAUGCUAAUGUCACCAAGAAAAACAAAAAGGUUAGACUCGCUCCGGUAAUUGUCAAGAACAGAAGGACUGAAAUUGAAGUUGACAAUGAGGAGGAGUAUGAGGAGGAAGGCGAAAGAAGAACCCGCAUCGUAUCAAAAAUAAUUAAGAAAUAUGUUCCCUGUAAGACAUACCAGCCAGCUUUACCAGAGCAAGUAGACAAGUGGUCCAAGGAGUUACCAGAUGUGUACAAACAACCACGAAAAGUAUGGCAAUUUCUUCAACGUUUACAGAAGAUCUACAAUUUACAUCCAGUAGAUGGUGUGAUGAUUGUUAAUGUGAACUUGAGGGACAAGGAACAAAAGAGGAUAACUGAAAGUGUUGAAAACAGGGUAGGCGAGUCUCAAGAAAACAUUGAGGCUGGAUGGGAAGCUGUACGAACAUUCUUGUUUGAACUGAAACCUGCAGAGGUUAAUUGGGCUAGAAUUACCUCAUGUAUGCAGAAGACUGGAGAAAUUGUUGCGGAGUUCGAAGAACGCUUCAGACAAACCUGGUUGGAACACUCCGGUGUAAAUGACAGUGAGGAUCUGGACAAGGACACUAGCAUGCCUCUGAAAACUGCUUUUGUAAAUGGACUGAAACCUGAAGUUUCAAAAGCACUCAAAAUCCGAUAUGACGACUGGGACAGCAUUGGAACAUCUUUUCAAAAGAUUGUUGAGUGGUCAGCAAAGAUUGAAAGAACACAGGAAGUCAAACUCAGAGCAUUGCGAUCGAAGAAUAUGUCAUACCACAGCAAGACAAUGUGGAAUGAGCAUAAAGAAAACGAAGAUAAUAGACAGUCAAAAACUCAAGGAAGAUGCAGGUACUGCAACGAAGAAGGACACUGGGUCCGUGAUUGUAAGCUGAGUUUAAAACGUCAAAGUGAUGAUGAGGACAACCUGUUGAGGAGGUUUCAGCAGUUGACAGAUAAACAAAAACAGACUCUGCUAAACGCUGUUGAGCCGCAGGGAAACUGAAGAGCCUCUCUCUGCAGCACCAACUUGUGACAUCUCAUCCGACAACUGAUGGACUC